AUCAACCCAACAACCAACAACCAUCAUCACAAAUCAUACACCAUGGAAGACCCUAUUGUUUUAGACUCUUCGAUAAACAAUGCGUUGAACAAAAUAAACCACAAACAAGAAGAAGCUGAUGUUUACCUCAAGUUGAAGAAAUUGGAAAAGGAACUUGAAUUGUUAUUAUUGCAAGAAGAAUACAUCAAGGAUGAACAACGUCAUUUGAAACGAGAAUUGGUAAGAGCACAAGAAGAAGUCAAGCGUAUCAAGUCUGUCCCAUUAGUCAUAGGACAGUUCUUGGAACCAAUCGACGAAAACACCGGGAUUGUUUCCUCCACUACCGGAUCCAACUAUGUUGUGAGAAUCUUGUCUACUUUAGAUCGUGAAUUGUUGAAACCUUCUUCAUCAGUGGCAUUACAUCGUCAUUCCAACGCAUUGGUUGAUAUCUUACCUCCAGAAGCCGAUUCUUCCAUCUCCAUUGUCGGUGAAGAUCAGAAGCCCGACGUCACUUAUGCUGAUGUUGGUGGGUUAGACAUGCAAAAACAAGAAAUUAGAGAAGCAGUAGAAUUACCAUUGACUCAAGGAGAUUUAUAUGCACAAAUUGGUAUUGAUCCUCCAAGAGGGGUCUUGUUGUAUGGCCCCCCAGGUACCGGUAAAACAAUGUUGGUUAAAGCCGUGGCCAAUUCGACAACAGCAUCCUUCAUUAGAAUAAAUGGGUCUGAGUUUGUGCAAAAGUAUCUUGGUGAAGGUCCUAGAAUGGUUCGAGAUGUUUUCAGGUUAGCUCGUGAGAACUCCCCCGCCAUUAUUUUCAUUGAUGAAAUUGAUGCCAUUGCCACCAAGCGUUUUGAUGCUCAAACUGGUGCCGAUAGAGAAGUUCAAAGAAUCUUGUUGGAAUUAUUGAACCAAAUGGAUGGGUUCGACCAAACAUCUACUGUCAAGGUUAUAAUGGCUACUAAUAGACAUGAUACUUUAGAUCCAGCAUUGUUGAGACCAGGUAGAUUGGAUAGAAAGAUUGAAUUCCCUUCAUUGAAAGACAGAAGAGAAAGAAGAUUGAUCUUUUCUACCAUUGCUUCCAAGAUGUCCUUGGCUCCUGAAGUUGAUUUGGACUCUUUGAUUAUCAGAAAUGAUCCAUUGUCAGGUGCAGUUAUUGCUGCUAUCAUGCAAGAAGCCGGGUUAAGAGCCGUGAGAAAGAAUAGAUAUAUGAUUUUACAAAGUGAUUUGGAAGAAGCUUAUACUUCUCAAGUUAAAACUGGUACAGAACAUGACAAAUUUGACUUCUAUAAGUAAUUGUAUAUUAAUAUAUUAUUUAAAGUAAUUGAUAAAUUCCCAAUCCCGGUUGUAAUGACUCCCAAUUUGUAAAGUCUAAAUGAUCCAUGUCUAAAUGUAAUGUGUGAUUCCAAAUAGGCUGGAAUUGUGAUGAGUUGAAAUGUCUGAAUGAAGCAAUUGGAGUAAUAAGGUAUAUUGGUUUGUCUCGAGGAAGGGAAAUAAAUUUGUCGUUCACUUUCUCGAUAUCGUCUCCCAUAGCAUCAAUAAUAUUGAUUGUCUUCAGAAAGUCAGCUUGAUCUGUAAGUGAAAUAGUCUCAGUAGAAUUGCUUGCUAACAACCAAGAAGGAGGUGAAUAAGUUCUCCACCAUAUCUGAACAGAACUUUGUUGAUGUUGUUGGAAAUACGUCAAUGCAGGUACAACUCCUCCUUGGUGCAAUACUCCCAUGAGUAUUGCCAUUGCUAUAUUAAACAAAUACCAUACUUUCAUCAUCCAUGGUCUCACUAUCUUUGAAGUCAAAUCAAAGCAACAACAUGCUAAGGGAACCAUAGGUACUAAGAAUCGUAAUUCUUGAUGAGGAACAAAUGAUAAGAAGACAACUGCACUGAGUAGACUUAAGAAUGGGAUGGUUCUUAUAUAUGUUUUUGAAAAUAAGUAUAUUAAUCCUGGACCGAGUAUCUGGGGGAGAUUGACUAAUAUGUGUGUAUAAUAAGGAUGGAUUCCAUGUUGGACCAAGUUUUCAUAUUUGCUGUUGUAAAGCAAAUUGUUAAGUGGGGUAAUCAGGUAGUGGGACCAUUCCAAAGGAGAGUCUAAUAUUUGGGCAACGGUUGCUUUUCCAAAACAUAUUGAGUCAAUUGCAAUGAACAAGAUGGUAGGAAUAGCAAAUCCAAUAACUGGAAAUACCAUCCUUGCAGGAUGAGCUAGUAAAUAGUUUAAAAGGAACCAACUUGGCAAUAUCAAAAAUGCCGGGAAUGUAAUUCUAUUGAAUAUUCCAAUAGAAACAAUCACUCCAAACCAAAACAAACUGCUUGACUUGUUCAACUGUUGAAUUUCCCGUUCUUUAGACUCGUGUACAUAUCUUAAAUCAUCAAUGAUUAAAAUAGCCAAUAUAACAAGCACAGUUUCGAUACUGUUUGAAAAUAAGUGGGAUUGAUAGACUAAGGUAAUGUAUGAAGUCAGAGUAAAAAAUAUCGCCUUUAUUCUUUCUGGUUUUGUAGGCAACAUCCAAUACAAACAUGAAUCAGUGAUUACCCAACUUAACACGGUAAUUUGGAGUCUAGCCAAAUACCAAAUUUGAAUUGGUGUCAAUUGAAGGUUCAAGAGCUUGAUGAUAUAUAAUAAAGGACCAUAUAUCAAGUAUAAAGGACCAAAGCUUCUUGCUGGGGAGCUCAGUUGGAAUUCCCAGGGUAUAUUAGUGGCAUACCCCAAUAUCCUACUAGUUAACACUUCAAAACUUUGGAAAUGUUCAUCAGGAUGGAUAUAUGAAUCAGAUAAUGCUAACACAAAUCGAAAUAUUAUUGUACAUAAGUAAAAUGUUCUCCAAUUGAUAUUUGCCUUGAUCAUAUUUACGACAUUCAAAAAUUU